GCGCAUCAUCAUCUCCAACUUCCUCAAUCUCGCCCUCAAGCUCCCUCACCAUAUACAUCAAGCCCUCAACUCCCUUCGAAUACAGGAAAAUGUCACAAGCAGCAAUCCUCCUCCCCGGCCAGCCCUUACCUCCAAACCUGACUGCUCCGCCUCUACCAAAAGCCGGCCGAGGAUGUUAUGAGCAUAACGGACAGAUCUUGGCUAGUGUUGUUGGGAGACCGCGGAGAGAUGGAGCUGUGGUGAGUGUUGUGGGGAGAGAAGAGGCUGUUGGGAUUGUUGAUGUGGAUGCUAUCGUCAUCGGAACCGUCCACCGCCUUACGCCUCAACAGGCCCACCUCACAUUAACGACUCUCGCCGACCGCGCCCUCCCCGAAUCAUCUGAAGAAUUCACAGGUGUCAUCCGUCUGACGGAUAUCAGGCUGACAGAGAGGGACAAGAUCAAGGUUGGGGAAUGCUUCAGGCUGGGCGAUAUCGUCAAGGCGAAAGUCGUAAGUGUCGUCGCUGAUUCAGACACAAGGGCCGAAGAGCUCACGGAGGUGAUAGCUGAGUUUGGGAGAUGCGAGGAGUUAUUACCUCACGACAGCAGCCAACGAGCUUGGUGUUGUCUACGCCAAGUCUGAGGCUGGUACGUCCUCCCAUAACGCUGCUUCUUCUUCUCCCGAGCUUUUACUGACUCUCGUGAAGGCAACCCUUUGGUGCCAGUCAGCUACCAGGAGAUGGAGGAUGAAGUUACGGGAAAGAAGGAGAAGAGGAAGGUGGCCAAGCCAGAAGGGAUAUAAUAAUCGUAGAUAGUCACUCUGGUCUCAUGUAUCCACUAAUAUUGCAUCUUGAACAA